AUGAAUCUUUUCAAUGUUCUAAGAUGCGGUAUUCAAGAUUUGGGCAUUCUUUAUAUUGCCGUCUCAGCUACUCUGGGCGUUCUUAUUGUGUGUGUGAGCCGUUGGAAGCGCCAACCCUCGCUUAAAAUUCCCCCUGGAAAGUUAGGCUUCCCUGUAAUUGGGGAGACAUUACAAUUCCUGCGUGCGCUUCGAUCAGGCACGCUUGAACAAUUCUUCGAUAAGAGAGUAGAGAAAUUCGGUGAUGUUUUCAAAACGUCACUAAUGGGGCAUACCAUAGUAGUAUUGUAUGGCCCGGCUGGAAACCGCCUUGUUUUAUCGAGCGAGGACAAGCUGGUUGAGUUUUCAUGGCCCAAGUCUAUAAUGAAACUGGUAGGGCAGGAAUCCAUGGCAAUCAAAAGGGGAGAGGAGCAUCUCCGCUUGCGUGCCCCACUUGCUCGCUUUAUGGGUCCCCAAGCUUUACAUAAUUAUUUGCCAAAAAUGAGUUCCCAGAUCCAGGGUCAUAUUACCGAAAAAUGGAAGGAAAAGUCCCAGGUAAACAUGGUUCCUUUGGCGAGAGAACUUCUCUUUUCAGUCGCAGCCAGCUUUUUCUUCGAUAUCAACGAUCAUUUUGAUAAAAUGCGACUUCAGAAGCUUAUGGAGACUGUAAUUGCUGGAUGUUUGUCUCUGCCGAUCGACUUUCCAGGAACUCUUUUUCAUAAGGCGCUUGAGGCACACUCCCUGAGUGAUAAAAUGCUCUUGUCUCUAAUAGAGAAGAGGAGAAUUGAUUUAAGUGCAGGAAGAGCGUCUAGCAAUCAAGAUUUACUCUCUCUGUUGAUCGCCUUCAAAGAUGGAAGCGGGAAUGCUCUCAGCAACAAGGAGAUCCUCGACAACUUUAAUGGUUUGCUUAUUGCAUCGUUUGAAACCACGGUUUCAGUGCUUACCUCACUAUUUAAGCUCCUCUCUUCGAAUCCUGAUUGCUAUGAAAAAGUUGUUCAAGAACAAAUGGAAAUUAUAAGGAAUAAAAAGGAUGGAGAAGAAAUCAACUGGGCAGAUCUCAAAGAUAUGACGUAUACAUGGCAAUCGGUUCAGGAGACACUUCGUAUGAUUCCUCCAGUUUUUGGAACUUUUCGCGAGGCCAUCACUGAUAUUGAUUACAAGGGUUAUACAAUCCCAAAAGGAUGGAAAAUAUUAUGGACAGUUUAUAGCACGCAAAUGAAAGAAGAGUAUUUCCCCGAGGCAGACAAAUUCAGGCCCUCACGUUUCGAAGAGGAAGGCAAGCAUGUUGUUCCUUACACCUUCUUACCAUUCGCUGCGGGACAGAGAGUUUGCCCAGGAUCAGAGUUCUCAAAGAUGGAGAUAUUGCUGUUCGUCCAUCAUUUUAUUAAAAAUUUCAAAGGCUACACCGCCACUAACCCAGAUGGAAAGAAAUCGUCAGAUGCACUCCUCGCUCUCCCAGCUAAUGGGUUUAAAAUUAAUCUUUUCCCCAGAUCCUAA